CCCAUCAGAAACAGCCGGUGAGGAUCUCGCCGCCCACUAACCACAUAAAGAGCACAUAGGCUAGAAAUUGGAAAGGAUCACAUCCCACUUAACCUAUAAAUACUUUGCUCACUCUACGCAUGAUAUACAAAGCUAUCAUUUCGACUAAAUCCUUGAAGGAUUGGAAUUCGCUCUUGUGUAGCUAUAUCAAAGAACGAUGCCCAAUAAAAAAUUCUUUAUUCCAUUCUUUAAUUCUGCUUUACUUAAUUAUUUUAUUAAGCAAACUUUGGAUAAUUGUAAUUGCUAAUGUCUAUUUUAAAAUCAAUUUUGGGUUAAACAACACUCUGCUGCUGCUGACUGCUGUGAACUCCUCGAGAUCUCUCUGUCUAACGAAAUCGAGCUUGUAAGUUCCUCCAUUCUCUACUCUCUGUCAGAAACCCUACUCCCUUCUUCAAAAUUAUCCUAUAGUUAGAUAACAUGAUUGCGAAUUGGGUUCAUAAAAGAUUUAAGUUAUAACAGUUGUUAGUCACAUUUACAGGUUGAUAUGCUUUCUUAUUUGCCUCAAAUGCGAUUUUGGCUCUGAAAUUAUGGGUUUUUACUUAUCUUCAUUUGGUGUUAGUCAUCAGUUAUCUGGAAGUUUCUCCUAUAGAAAAGGGGAAAAAAGAGAAUAAUUUGAGUUUAGAAGUUGAAAUUCGUUCUUAUUUGCUUCCGCUGACAUUCGCUCUGAAAUAAUGAGUAUUACAAAUCAGCCUUUUGUUAUUACGUACUAAUAAUCAAUUAUCUGAACGCUUCUCUUAUAUAGAGAAAAUAGUCAGAGAAUACGGUCGUAAAAGUUGCAUUGACACGACAAAAAUCAUAAAUUCGUAUCAUUUGUCAAUUCCUUCUUAUUGUUGAAACAACCGUUUCCAAUUUCUAACCCUCCUUGAUCUCAGCGUUUGAAACUAGUUAAUAUUGGAGUAUCCCUAAAAUUCGUAUAAAUCCCUCCGCCCUUGGGGUUUUGAUAUGUUGAAUAAUUAUUACUUAGUGUAUAAUAAUAAUUUUGAAUGAUUAGAACGUCUUCCAAGUUUUCUUUUACAGAUUUUAAUUUUUGUGUUGGUUGGAUCUUUCACUGUUACUGGAGCUUAGUGUGCUGAUUGAAUUGAUCUCCAUUUUUAUAUUUUUAUGUGUUCUAUUGUUCUGCUGGUAGUAAGACAAAUGCAGAGACGAACAAAUGAAUGGUUAUUAGCUAAUCAUAGAAAUGUUUCCUAUGACCAAAAGGUGGUCUCACAGUUAUUGAGUAGCAAUCAUAUUCAACAAGUUUAGUAGAGAUAUUAACAUAGCAUAAAAGAUGGAUAUCGCUUGGAUUUAACGUAAACUGAUUGAUUACAAUUAAGGAAAAUAUGUUUACCUCUUGAGUGGCUGAUGAUAAUGUGGAGAUAGGCAACAGCAGCAGAAAAGGUCUUGUAUUGUUAGCAUUUGUCCUCCUUAACUGAUCUCCCUAUGUUGCUAAAAUCCUACUCUGCUUCUUUUCUCUUGCAAAUGUUUCUCCAGUAGUACAGGUUCCUGAUAUUACUUUUACUAACCCAUGUCAAUACAUCUUUUCAUAGUAACCAGUUAUUAUGGUUGUCAAACUCUGGAAUUCUGUAAAAAGAAAGUAUCCCUUGUGAACUAUCUUACUGUUUUAUGCAUGACAACAGUCAUAUCUGUAUACAAGUUAACCUCUUGUUCCAUCAGUGCAGUUGAGCUGGUAAAGUAAAAAUCUUGUGAACAUGGUAAUGUAUUUGUGGAGGAAAUAUGCAGAUUAUGUAUACUCAAAAUGGGAAAAGACAAUUCUUUGGGACAUUGUUGAACCAUACAGGAGACCAAGAUCAUUUACUCCUCCGGUCACAAUCUACGUCUGUGCAUUUUAUACUGGAGUUAUCGGGGCAGUCAUCACUGAGCAACUCUAUAAGGAGAAAUACUGGGAAAGAACAUUCUGGGGAAGCAGUGCCUCUAAUGAAACCAAUGUUUUAUGGUGGCCCUUGGAGAGUAAUGAGAGGGGAUGUUCCUCCAACCGGAAUGUUCAAUGCCUGAGCUUCAGCUCAUGCUUAAGCUCCUUCAAAUGGCUGUGAUUCUCGCGAAUAUCUGUGAGUGAAUUCUUGUUUGGCAUGAUGGUUUUGCAGUUCACUUUGACCAAUUUGGUGGCUGGACGGCCUGGUAAUAAUUUGAUAUAAAUGCUUCUUCUCAUUUCAUUUGGCAGUAUGAGUAUAGUAUCUGGUUCUUACCUUGUCAUCCAAUUUAGUUCAAGUUCUAUUGAAAGGAAUGACACAACUUAUAUUUUACAGAUAAAGGGUCAGAAAUGCCCCUAAUGCCCCUAACUUAUUGGAAAUGGCUUAAAUUUGUCAUGUUCUACCUA